AUGGCCUCCUCACGCGGCAGGCAAGCCCGCGGGUUCGGCAGCGCCGGCAACGACAGCACGUCCGCCUCGCUCUUCGACGCCGUUUUCUCGAAACCACCUCCAAGACGCGCGCCCCGUCCGUUUCCGGUUGAUGAGGACAAUGCACUGCCCUCGGUCGUCUCGGAUGCUCCGUCUUCAUCAGCUUCUUCCAAUCCGCCGGCAGAGCAGAAAAUGAUGUCCCCGCCGGUUAGCUUGCCGGAAUCCACGUCGACGGAUGGAGGCGAUAUGAACAUUGACAAUUCCCCGGCUUCCGGAUCCGGUGAUGCUUCUGAUGAUGACGUGACGAUGGACGGGGAGGAGGUGAAAGCACGCCCUGGAAAACACCCCCGGGUCGACGACUUCGAUUUCGGCGAAGACGAGGAGGAAAUCGUGCAACCACCCGCUCCGAAACGUGCAAAAUCGCCCGAAGAACCAGCGCUCGCUCGCAUUUUGCCGAAAAAAGAAGCACGCCCAGUCUACCGUCACGUGUGGUCGGCUGGCGACGGCUCAGAUGAAGAAGCUGAAAAGCCCGUCGAGACUUCGCGCCAGCAACCGGCUCCGGUGCCAACGACUGCUCCGACCGGAUUAUUCGGAAGGACAGCUGUCCCAAUCUACAAACAACGCGUGCGAAACGUCAAAGACGCGCAUCAAUGCCUGGAGAUCGGAGAGCAGGAUCACUACAAGCAAGAUCUCACCUACAUCCUCACUUCGUUGGGCGACCCCAAGGCCACUGUGAAUACGAAAUGUUUGAGCGCCAUCUCACUCGCCAAGAAAUGCACAGCCUCCGAUUUCCGCCAAUUCAUCCGAACGAAGGGGCUGAUCGGCUCGAUUUUCCGCGCCCUACUUGAUGCGCCGUCAGAUCCGAACUUUGCCCUCUGCGCGGCCACGCUCGUCUAUCUGAUGUGCCGGGACCAGAUUUCCGUGAAAGUCGAUGCAAACACGCUGCGCUUGAUGGUCUCGCUGCUCAAAAUCGAGCAAGUGCCCCGCGAUGCGACGAACGCCAAGUACCACGCACAGAUCUGCGACAUCUUCAAGACGUACGUGAAAAAUAACGAGCUCGCCGGCCAGAAGAUGGUCUUCAACUUUGACGAUAACGAGAUCACGCCCUCGAGCCUGACCCUUGAAGCGCUCGUCUACGCGUUGGCCCGAAACAGCGAAGAGGCCGUGAAAACCGAGCUGCUGAACCUCGGGACGAUGCAGUGGCUCGUGGCAACUGUCGAGAAGCUCGUCAGGCGCAUCUCCGGCGAAGAGCUCUCGGACGCGGCCGCUCAGAAGCUUCUCCAGCCGCUGGAGCGUUGUUUCCGCAUCCUGGAGACGUGCACCGUCCACCACAAGAAGAACCAGGCCUUCCUGGUCAGCCAUCGCGGUUCGGUGCUGCUACAUGCAUGCGCAAAAUUCCUCGAAUACCAGCACAAAGUCAUCGCCAGCCACCCGCCAAAUUCCGAGUUCACCACGUCGCAGAUUGGCUACCUCACGAUUCUGGCGCGCGUGUUGAUGAAUUUGAGUCACGAGAACGAACUCUGCUGCACGAAACUCGGCCAAAUCGAGGGCUUCCUCCAGCGCUGCCUCAUCUCCUUCACCUACCUCGCCCCCAAAUUCGCCUCCGAGGAGAAGAAAUUUGACGUCCACGUCAUGAUGCCGUCCCUCCUCGUCAACCUCGUCGAGCGCUGCGCCUCCAAUCGGCGCAAGAUCAUCGCCAACAAGGUCGAAAUCUUCGAUGUCGUCGCCAAGACCGAGUGCGAGCUGCCCGUUCUGGAGGCGCUGACAAAGUUGUUCCUGGCGCACGAGGAGGCGGCAAAAGCCGUCGACGAGGAUCUCGACAACGAUCUGAUGAUGGAGGAGCCGGACGUGAACGAGGAAGAGCCCGACGAAGACGAGGAUGGCGCCCGAACCGACGGCCGCCUCGACCGAAACCAGCUGGAGGACAUGACCGAGCACGAGAUGCUGCAGCACGUCGAGGUGGCGAUGAACAAGGCGUCGGCCCAUAUGGAAGACAGCGUCAUCGCCUCCUACAUGGCCCUGCUUGUUGGCUGUUUGUUGCAACAGAAUGAGGACGCCGCAGCCCGCGUGCGCGAAAUGCUGCCGAACGGCCGCCUCGACUCGAUGAUCGAGCAGCUCAAUCGAUUCCUGGAAUUUAUGAAGAUUGUGAGUACGAAAAAGAGCAGCCACUCGAUCGGGAAGAUCGUCGAGUACAUGGAGCGCAUGAAUGCCGAA